AUGAUGGGCGUCAAGAGCAGCGCGGCUCGACGUAGACCACCCCAAACACAAGUAAUCGACCUCACCAUCGACCAUGUCGAGCACAUCGACCUUACGCUUGACGACUCGCCUCCUAGCAGCCCCCGCGCCCUGAACCCGUCGAGCGAACCGCCUCGAAAGAGGCAACGCCUGGGAAAGGAUGUCUCCUACCAGAGUUCGGCGAGGAGCCUGGCGCCUUGCUUAAAGGCACAGAUCAAACCAUACAUCGACGCCUAUCUGUCGGAUAUCGACUCGGAUCGAGUCAACACCUUGGAGCUUGGUCGAAAGGUCCUGCUACGGAUUAGCAGUGAUGAUGCCUUCCAGCUGGAAUUCAACAGCACGAAGGGCUUCAUUUCGGCCACCUUGGAGAACAAACUGGCCGAGCUGGCACGGCGCCUUGUUUCCAAAUACGCGUCGGAGCCGGAAUUCCAACGGAACGCCUCCACCUUGAACCCAACCUCGACAUCGGCCAUCUCGCCCGCGUUUGGUGCACAGAACUUCACUUCGUCGACACCCACACCCGCUCCUGCCUCCACCACUCCCGCGUGGUUGAGACCUUCCCCCGCGACAACGACUGCCGGCCCAGUCUCUGCUCCGGCAUCGACAUCGAGACGUCUUUCGGCUACACCCAAAUCGAAAUCCCACCGACCGUCACCCGCGAAGUUUCCUACUUCACCCACGACCGACCGAACAAGGGUGCAACCGCGGUGGAAAUCAUGGAAAGAAACCAAACCCAAGCCGGGUCCGGUCACUGCCCGUCACAAGGCUAUCAAUUCCUACAUGCAGCUUGCAAAGUGGCCCUACAUCCCGACAGAAGUGCGGGAGGCUAUAGUCAAGGGCUCGACGAGGCUUCUGCACCCCAGCGACGCUACUAGUGCUGCCGAGGGGCCUAUUCCGUUCCACGUCGACUUCAAUCCGGACGAGAUCGAGGCCGUGCGACGAAAGAUCCGAGAGAUGUGUGGCAAGAAGCCUAGAAUCAAACGCAGCCCAAACACGGUCAAGGAGCUUAGGAAGAUGCUGAGGCACCGCCCUGAACUCCUCACAGUCAUCGGACCGGAAAUUGAGCUCCAGGGAGCUCUUGCCAGGAGAGAUCAAGUUGCGAUUAGAAAUCUGCUUGACGAACUGGUGGACAGGCACAAAAGACCUGCCCAAGUACCUAAGGUGUUGACGGUCGAGGUGACUGAAGCCGACAAGUCGACCGAGCUAAAACAACGAUCAAGCCCGGUGUCCUCUCUGCUCUUGGCUAGGGAGUUUGACGGCAACCGAGGAUUUGGCAGAAUGCGGCGCCAGGUCAACUUCACGAUUGAGUUUAGGAAAGCUCUCGAAGAUGAGAUGGAAAUGCGCGCCGAAUGGGUCAAUUGCGCUGGCGACAUCAUGACGAUUGCUUGGACGUCAAACAACAACUUCAUCUGUGGCACAACAACACAUUCAGACUCGCAUAAUCAACAGUACAACAAAGACGGAAACUUGCUGUUUUAUUCGUCACAAUCGAAAGAGCUGAAGGCUUAUCCCGACCACCGCAUCCCUCGACCUAUCAUUCAGAGCGGAGAAAACUCGACAGAAGCCAUGAGAGAGUCUCAGAGCCCGUGGCUGUAUUCAUCGGUCGUGGCCUCCGAUUAUGACAAAGUCAACGAUCGAGCAUACACUGCAAGCUUCGAUAAGACUGUCAAGAUCUGGAAAGUGGAUGCGGAUGGACGAAACAUGAACGCACUGGGCACUUGGCAACACGAUGGCGUGGUGCAAUUUGUGGUUGCGUCGAAGCAUGAGUCCGGGAUGGUGGCCACCGGCGCAGACGUGGCUUCCCAGGCCGUUCGUGUCUAUCACAUUGAUGAAUACGGCAGCGUUUCUGGCAGCCCCUUUCAUGCCUACUCCAAUUUGAGAGCUUGGAACGAAGGUGACGAGCAGACAAGCGCAACGCAAAAAUGGGCAUACUACCCAGCAACGAUGCAAUGGGGCUUAGCAGAAGGAGUGAAGCACUUGCUUCUGGUCGGUUACUCUCCUCGAAGCUUCUCUGGAGAUGACAAUGAUAUCCCAGAAGACAAGGAAAAAACGGGCGAGAUCUGCUUAUGGAACUGCCUUACCGGUGAGCGCAUCAGGGUUCAGACUGCUUCGACGCAGAAUGUGUUCGAGGUUGCGUGGCACCCUACACAGCCAGCCUUCAUUGUGGCUACAUCGCCAUGCCCUCCAUGCCAGCCUGGGACGCACACACAGGUUCGUGUCUUUGGUCUGAAACUUGAAGACGGAGAGGAACAGUUUGUCCAGACGCAGUGCCUUGACUGCCCUGCGACGGAUAUUAACGAGCUCAUAAUCAAGCCAAUUACCCACAACUCUUCGUAUGUUACGGCGGCUUGCACCGACGGCAAGGUUUAUGUGUGGGAUACGGCACGCCACAUACCUAUCCACGUUCUAAAACACCAGGCGCCUAUCGACAACGAGGAUGAGGAUAUCGGUGUUAAGUUCACAGCUUGGGGAACGUCCGCGGACCGUUUCUACACCGGCGGCUCAGAUGGCAAGGUUAGGAUCUGGAAUGUUCGCGACUUGCAGAAGCCAUUCAUUCGCGACCUCGUUGAGGCCCCUGGUUGCGUCACUAGCGGUGCUUUCUCUCCCGACUUUUCGAAGCUGGUCAUUGGAGACGCUUCGGGACGCGUGAUGCUUCUAUCUCUUGACGAAGAGGAUUCGCCCAAGUUCGCCAUGCCGCCCAUGCCGCCGGGCGUAAGACCCCGCGUCUCUCGGCCUUUCGGGCGUCCGUUGGCGUUUAAGCCCCACAAUGAGCCGCCGCCGCCGCCUGGAACGGAUGUGGUGGACACGGCAUCGGGGAUCGCACGGGCCAACCACUUCCUGGCUACCGGCCAGCUCGUUCAGCAUCCGGACCCAACCGUCGGAGUCCUCCAGGGGUCGGCCUACUCGGAACUCGGUCUUUAUCGCAACGAGCUUCACUUCAACGGAGACCCGUCUGAGCCUCUCCUCGCCAAGGUCGAGGAGUCGCAGCAGGAGAACCAGAAGAUGUUUAAGCGGUCUUCAAGAGUCCCGCGUAUCCGGCCGGCUUCAAGCUUUGUCUUCGCUGACCUUUUGAACCGGCACCAGCAGAACGUGAGCCGGAACUUAGAUCUAGUACUUCUAGAUGAAUACACCAAGCUCGACCUUCUCAUGGACAAGGUUGAUCUUGAGGAUCCCAUUGACGGUAAAUGGGACUUUGAUUAUGAAGAGGAGUAG